UUACAUGUCGGUUUUGCUUAUCGCUAGUGAGUAGACAACUAGACAGGCUUAUGUUCUAUGUAGAUUUGGGCCGCGAUUUGCUAGUGGGUUUGUUGCCUCUAACUUGUGACGCAACCAUAACCAUCGAUCUAAGCUAAGAAGGUGUGUUCCAUUUCAUAAACCUCCAGUGUAGGUGACUCCGACUAUGAGGAUCGCUUGUGACUUCUCAUGCUCGAGAGUCGAGUUUCACUUCCUUAAGUGAAAAGGUGAUUGCCUGUUCUCCUCCAAUUCACUCUCCAUAUUCUUUUUGUACACGAUCGCUUAUGAUCUUCGCCACUUACGUCCACUUGUUACGAACAUUCAUCCAAAUAUUAACAUAUUCACAAUCGACCACACACGAUCCCCUAUGUCAAACUUUUCAAGCUUAAAUCCAAGUGGUUUAAGUUCAUCAUCGAUAGACCAUAGUAGUUAGUUAGCUAACAACAAAGGACAAGAGAAUUAAAUAUGGUAAAAGUAAAUCCAAAUAUAGAGCUCCUUGUGUUGGCUCAAUGGAAAUGCUUCAAAUGCAUAAUCUCUCCAAUUAAGCACAAAGCAGCAGAAAAAAAAAAUAUCAUCCUAAUUGUUCAUUACAUUUUUAAUUAGUAAAUAUACAUUGAUUUAUUUAUUUAGAAAAUCCAAAUUUGCAGGGACAAAAUAGCAAAGAAAGAAGACUAUUUUAGGACCAAUUUGAACGGAGACCAACAGCAGAUUUAAGACAAAACUCAACACCAAUACCAAAACCUUCACUGACUUUCAGCGCUAUACUAAAUCAUCACCAUGCAGUUGCCUACUUUCAUGGCUUCCUGCAUCAUAUAAGCACGUCGAUCUCCUCUCACUGCUCUAAUCAGCACAAAAACCAUCCUUUUGGUUAAUAAGUAAUAAGUCCCCAACUCCCCCACGACCAUCCUCUCCUGGUUGUGUGUUCUGUUGCAGUAGAUCAUUAGCAUCCUGCGUAGAAUAAAUAAUUAGGUGAUUUAACAGAGACCAGAAAGUAGUAAAGCAACCAGAAAGAAAGCUUAAAAACAGAGGUGGGUUUCCGAAAUGGCUGGAGGUGGCUAUGUCCCCGAUAGCGGAACAAAGCAGUUCCAAGGCCGCGUCACCGGGUUCGUGCUCAUCGCCUGCAUAGUUGCAGCAUGUGGAGGUCUGAUCUUCGGGUACGACAUCGGGAUCUCGGGCGGUGUCACCUCCAUGGAUUCGUUCUUGAGCAAGUUCUUCCCUUCCGUGUACAAGAAGGAAAAAGAAGGCCACCACGAGAGCAUGUACUGCAAAUUCGACAGCCAUCUCCUCACAUUGUUCACCUCAUCCCUCUACCUCGCCGCCCUGUUCGCCUCCGCGGUCGCAGCCUAUGUCACCAAGGUUUUCGGCCGAAAGAUCUCGAUGCUGUUCGGAGGCAUCGUGUUCCUCGCCGGAGCGAUCCUCAACGGUGUAGCAGUCGACGUCGCGAUGCUCAUCGUCGGUCGCCUGCUUCUUGGUGUUGGGGUCGGGUUCGCCAACCAGUCUGUCCCGCUUUAUCUGUCCGAGAUGGCGCCUUCUCAGCUAAGGGGAGCUCUCAACAUCGGGUUCCAGAUGGCGAUCACCAUCGGCAUCUUGGUCGCAGGUUUGAUCAACUUUACAUUUGCAUCCAAGGACUGGGGAUGGAGAGCCUCGUUGGGGCUCGCUGCCGUCCCUGCCAUUAUGAUCACUGUCGGGUCCAUCUUUCUGCCGGACACCCCGAACUCGAUCCUGGCACGGGGCAACACCGAGAAGGCCAGGGAGAUGCUGAAGAAGAUCCGCGGCACUGACAAUGUCGACGAGGAGUUCCAGGACCUGAUCGACGCGACACAUGCUGCAAUGAGAGUGGAUGGCCAGUGGUCGACCAUCUUGAAGCCGGAGUACAGGCCUCAUUUGGCUAUCUGCUUCCUUGUGCCUUUCUUCCAGCAGUUCACUGGGAUCAAUGUGAUCAUGUUCUACGCGCCAGUCCUGUUCAAGACUCUGGGAUUCGGUGACGAUGCUUCCCUCAUGUCUGCUGUCAUCACUGGCCUUGUCAAUGUCUUUGCGACCUUCAUUUCGAUCUUGGCGGUGGAUAGGUUGGGGAGAAGGGCUCUGUUCCUGGAAGGAGGCAUUCAAAUGAUUGUUAGUCAGGUGCUUGUUGCAGUGAUGAUCGCCAAGGCAUUUGGGUCUGCAGGAGUUGGGGUGAUGUCUAAAGCCGACUCGCUGCUCGUGCUCAUCCUGAUCUGCUUCUACGUGGCGGCAUUUGCGUGGUCGUGGGGGCCUUUGGGGUGGCUGGUGCCGAGCGAGAUCUGCCCACUGGAGAUCCGAUCAGCGGGGCAAGCCAUUAAUGUGGCUGUGAACAUGGCCUUCACGUUCAUCAUCGGCCAGUUCUUCCUCACCAUGCUCUGCCACAUGAAGUUCGGGCUUUUCCUCUUCUUCGCCUGCUGGGUGGUGGUCAUGACGCUCUUCAUCUACUUCUUCCUACCGGAGACCAAGAACGUCCCCAUUGAAGAGAUGAACAAUGUAUGGAGGAAGCACUGGUUCUGGGGACAGUAUAUCCCGGACGAUGCUGUGGUUGGCACGGCCAGCAGUACCAAGAUCAAGGAUAUGGAGGCUUGAAGAUGAAGCACAUAGGACUAGCACAUUAUGAGGUUCAGGCUUUGUUUUCAAAUAAGGACACCAAAGAAAGAAGGAAAAAGAAAGGGCAUAGAGGAAGGAAAAACAAAACAGAGACGAGUGAGCAGAGCAGAGCAAAGGCAGGAGUAGUAUUUGUAGGUGAGAGUUGUUUUAGUUGGGAGCUACUUGUUGUUUCAACAAUAACCCUUGAAUUAUGUU